CUUCUAAGCAGGAAAAUAAGAGAACAAGUGCAAGAGGAGAGGCAAAUUAUAGCUGGCCAGAAGGAACACACUGAGGUAGAUGAACUUGUUUUCCUAGAAGAGAAUUCACCAGAAGAGACUGAUGAGACUGUAGCUGAGGAAGUAGUCAGAUAUUCUGUUGGAACUAUAAAACCUGAUGAUGUCUUAGAGGGAUGUGUAGAAGAAAUUAAACAAAAGAUUAGAGAUGCAGGAUUUCACAUUGAAGCAGCAGAGAAAAUGCUAACUGAAGAGCAACUCAGAGUGUUCUAUGCCCAGAAUAAAGAACAACCUGACGUUGAUGAAUUUGUUCAAUUCAUGAUGAGUGGACCAUGUCACGUUUUGAUAAUCACUAAAACAAAAGCAGCUGAUGAUAUUCCUCACUGGAAAGAACUACAUAAAACAAGUGAGAGUUUGCCUGUUGAGCCUGAGCCUAAGCCAGACAGGUUAGAAGGACUCAUGGAAACUGCAUCUCUAUUAAAUAUAUGUGAUGUGCAGAACAGUGUUGAAGAUGCCAGCAGACAACUUGCCUUCUUCUUCCCAAAUUUUCAUAUAAAUAAGACAGAACAACAAGCCAAAAAGACUUUGGCCAUAAUUAGACCUUCUCUCUUAAAGGAAAGACGAGAUUUUAUCAUGCAAAGAAUAAAGGAUGAUGGCUUCAAAAUAGCAUUGCAGAAAGAAAUAAUCCUAUCUGAAGAACAAGUACGUGCAUUUUACAAAGAGCACGACAAUCAAGACUACUUCCCAGUCCUUCUAGAGCAAAUGACCAGUGGUCCAACUCUUGCAUUGGCUCUAACACGAGAAAAUGCUGUAGCACACUGGAGACAUUUGCUAGACCCAAAGACACUUGAAGAGGCUAAGAAGGAAAAUCCAGACAGUUUGCGUGCACGGUAUGUGGUCGACAACGUAUCUAUUAAUCAGCUGCAUGGCAGUUCUACACCCAGGAAGGUGUUACAGUUCUUCUUCCCUCAGGAGCAGACUUUGGCAUUAAUCAAACCUGAUGCUGCUAAGAAUCAUAAAGGCAAGUCAUUUAGAAAGCAUGGCCUCACCUCAAAGAUAAAAGAAGAAGCUUUAACUCAUGAAAUGGCUGCACAAUUUUACAGGGAUCACAAAGGAAAACCUUAUGAACAGUUAGUGACUUGUAUGACUAAGGGUCCAUCAGUGAUAAUGGUCUUAUCAAAGAAAAAUGUUGUGGAAGAGUGGAGGCAGCUAAUGGGUUCAGCUGAUCCAGACGUGGCAAAGAAGACCUGUCCUAAAUCGAUUUGAGCUCAGUUUGCACAUGAUAUUUUGUCUAAUGCUGUUAAUGGAUCAUCUAAUAGAGAACAUGCACUGAGAAGCAUUGAGUUCAUAUUUGGAGAGUGUGAUGUGGAUCAAAUCCUGCAGUUCCAGUUGUGA